ACUACUCCAAACGUGCAGACGCAACAGACCCCACGAACCAAAAAUCCUUUUGAACUAACAAAACCAAGAAAGCCCACCACCUUAACACCUUCUCAUUCUUUCUUCUUCAUUCAUCCUUUCGUUUUGACCGUACACAGCUAUGCCUAUAACACGAUGCACAAGCGAACUAAACCUCCCAGCACCACCUCCUUCACCGAUCCCCACAGGCAGAGGUACACGUUCUGCUGCCAAUGACAUCUUGAUAGAUUACCUCGAAAAGUCCUUAAACGUCCCUGACCUUACCUUGCCUGGACCAUAUAUUCCUCUUAACAAACAUCAAAAUAUUCCUGCCGCAAUCAGUUACCGAUUGUUGAAAUCCAGAGAUUAUGAGAGUCAAGAUCGGCUUUUGAAGUCGGUUAAGGAAUUCAGGGCGUUUAAGGUUCUUGAUCAUGGGAUUUCGGACGAGGAGUUGGGGUUCUUGGUCAAAGAAGCCGACCUGGUUUUCCGUGUUUUGGAGCCGACAAAUGUGGGAUUUCGGAGAAAUUAUCAACAGGAGAUAGUGUGGGUUUUGUCUGGCAAUGAAAGAAUGUCAUUGGCGCGAGAGUUUGCAGGAGCUGAAAGAUUUCGUGAUUUUAGCGAAAAGAUGGACAAUGUAGCAAGUAAACUUGAUGCAAUUGCACAAGAACUGUGUAAAGUUUUAGUCGAAAACACAGGCAAACAGCAUUUUGGGAAGACAGUGACAACGCAAGGGAAAGAGUCCAUCCUUAGCUUGUUCAGAUACAACCACAAAAAUGAAACCAGAUCGAAACCAACCUUGCUCAAUGACGAAAACAGGAAAUCUUCUGAUCAUGCCUUGUGUCUCCAUUUUCCCACGAUGCAAUCUCAAUUUUCAGUCCAGUCAGACCAAGGUCCUCUGUCUUUUGAUGCAGGGCCAGACAGUAUUGUUGUCACUGUUGGAAAACAUUUAGAGGAAUGGAGCCAGGGAGAUUCCGAAAGUGUUUCUGGGGAAAUAAUCUGUGAGCCACACCUACAAGAUGGUCAAGCUUCUUUCUUGAUAGAGCUCCAGUGUUUAACUUCAAAUUUGGAUAUCAGUACAAAGAGAGAUUAUGACACAAUUUCUCUAAGGGAUCAGAUUCUAAUUGGGUUAAUCAUAGCUUUCUUGUACAAUGUUUAUGCGUUUUUAUGGUCAUGAUUUGCAAGAAUGGAAGUCUGUGCAGAAAUUGUACAAAGAGAGAUUAUGACACAGUAUGGUAAUGCUCAAGUUUGGUUGUAGUUAGAUGGGAUUAUUCUUUCACACAGGCCUGUUGAUGUACAGCUUGGGAGUUGGGAUAGAUGGUUUGGAUUUUUGAAGGGUUUGAAGUUUGAUGUGAGGGUUUCUUGUGCUCAGAUUUCUUUUAUUUUUUUAUUUUAUUUGUGUGCAGAAAUAAAAAGCUUGUAGUGCUGCUUGAUUUGAAUAAAAGUGGCAUUUUCUUGGUGUCA